GGUAUAUAUAUAUGUAACGAUUAUGGAGCUGUGUAAAUUGCAAAAGCAUUAUCAAAUUAUUCAGUAAUCAUAAUCAAAAAUGGUAGAACCUGUUUUACUAAUAAAAUGUAACUUACAACUGUAUAUUGUAUCAUUGUUAUACAUACACAAAUUUUAUCAUUAUGUCAUUAUCCAUUUCGAACAGUGGUUUGUUUCAUUUUUGGCAAUGACAUGUCCAUUGCCAUAAGUUACUGACGUUGUUCACAGCACGAUGAACAUGUAGAAACACAAAUGAACCCAUUACAUCUGUUUAAUUAGCAUGACAGCUGUGUCCUGAUAGGAGGUUAGGUAUACCAAUACAUGAGUGCAUUCUAAUUCUACUCUUCAAGUUAAAUCUAUUUUUAACCGUAUUCGCGGAAGAGCUAUGCAGGUCAACCGAUUUUGAAGAUAUCUGAAAAUUACCACAUCACGGUCAUUGUUUCCGUUUGUACAGCACGCCGAUGUUGCACACUGUUGUCACUGACCAGAAGACAGACUUAAGUAUCAUAGAAUCCACCACUAAAGCACACAGUUAACAUUUUGACAGUUAUUGAGGUACAAUAUUGACAGUAACGGACAAGUGAUAUGGAUCCUCCAGAAUGGAUGCAGUCAUUGGAGAAUGAUAUGGUCGUGGAGCUUAGUAAACAUCUUAGUCCAGGAUUAAAAGAAAGGUGGGCUGACUUUGACUGUAGACUAAAGACUUAUUUAAGCCCGGUCUGUAGAGCAAAUUUAACAAAUAUACAUCAGGCGUUCGAUGCUUUGAAGAACAAGGAGGAUAUUAGGAUUGGAGAUUAUAAAGUCUUACGGGAUAUGGUGAAUCCUAUUCAUGUAAAAAUGGGUGAUAUCAUUGACGAUUACACUGCCAGAAUGCAGGCAGGGAAUGGAGAACCCGACACCAAGGAUACGAAAGUAAAUGACAUGGAAGCCUCGGAAAAGAUGAAAAAAUUGGAAAAUGAAAUGGCAGUAGAGUUGAAUAAACACCUUCACCCACGCCUACAAUCGAAAUGGGCCGACUUCGAUAAUUUAUUAUCAGGCUAUCUAGACGAGGCUUGCAGAGCUGGAUUGGAGAAUAUAUUCAUGGUAAUUGAUGAACUUAGUAACAUGGAGAAGAUCAGUAUUGGAAAUUACACAGUUCUGCGCGAGAUGGUCACACCCAUUCAUGUUGAUAUGAGAGAUAUAAUUGAUAAAUAUACUGCUAAAAUUAUAUUACAAUUCGAAAGAGAGCGUAUGAGAGAUGUAAAUCAGUAAUAAUGGGCUGAUUUGGUUUUUUAAUUGUAUGUCGAUUCCUUUGUGUAUCAAUCAAUGGAUAUGUAAGGGGAGACAAUUUCCAUUCCGUAUUAAAAGAUACAUUACUUAUACGUACGUAUUGUAUAGUCUUUCUGAAUUGCAAUAUAUAACACAUAUUCUGAUGAGCUAUUUUAAAUUGAUUAUUCGUUCAUCUUUAAAUCGUUCCUGGAUGUGCAGAAAUCUUUUUGCACACAUCGUCGUUUCCCCCAUGAAUUUUACGUGUAUACAGUAAGUAUCAAAUUUGACAAAAAAAUGUUCAUAUAACACGAUAUGGAUAUGUUGGCCCCCACAAUUGAAUAUCGAGAAAAAUAUGGUAAAACCAGGGAGAGUGCCGACCUUCAUAAAAAAGUAUCCUUUUUGACAUUAUCUUCUACAUUUCGUUAGUUCAACUAGUAAAGUUUUGCAUCUUAUUUCAACCUCACAAAGAUAACCUCGUCAAUCAUGUAUAAUAGCAUACCAACUAAUGGUGAAACUCCAGGUCUAACAAGGUAAAGAAAAAUGAGUGACUUUAAUAACUACAGAUAUAUUGCUUUAACAUCUGUUUUUUUUUAUCAAAAUAUCGGGAAAACGCUUCUUUUUAAGUAUACAUGUAAUACUAUUAUGAAACAUGAUAUGCUUAGUGAAAAUCAGCCAGGAUUUCAACAUAGAGAUUCAACUGAAAAUUACGUUUUAGAUGUAUGUAGCACAUUUCCUUCGGAUGUAGAUAAAUGUAAAGAUGUGAACUUUGUUUUCUGAUAUAUAAGUAAGAUAUUGGACUUGGUAUGGCAAUGCAAGUCACUUAUUUAAACUAAACAAAUGGUGUAAAAAUAAAUAGUUUAAAGGCAAUUUGUCAGAAAAAAAUAUCUGUCGUCAUUAAAUGUUAUCAAUAUUAUAUCAAAUCAAUAACUGCAGUUCUUCCUCAAGAAUCGGUUCUUGGACCUUUCUAAUCUUACUCUUGAAUCAUAUUGUUAUAAUGUAUAUAAUUAUUGAAAUAC